UCAAGAUUUGCUUCUGUGAAGAAGAAUGCCUUUCUCUACAAGCAGUUUCUUUCUCAGCCUCAUAAUCCAUGUUAAAUUGCCUCUUGUUCCUUACAGAUUCUAUUCUUGUUUUCAAUGGAGAAGUGUUGCACAGAUUCAUGAUGAAAACUAGCCCCCGUCGGCCCCUGAUUCUCAAGAGACGGAAACUCCCUCUUCCUAUCCGUGAUGCCCCAGGUGAAGGAGCCAAGGAGGAGCCCAAAGGCACUCCUGCUCAGCAGGAGUCCGGCCAAGUGCAGCCAUCCAAGGAAGUGGCAGAACCUGAUCUUCAGAAGUUUCCAACUGGCAUCAAGAUCAUCAACCAUCCCACCAUGCCAAACACCCAAGUGGUGGCAGUUCCCACUAACACAGACAUCCAGAGCAUCAUUGCAGCCCUGACUGCCAAAGGGAAAGAGAGUGGCAGCAGUGGGCCUAACAAAUUCAUCCUCAUCAGCAGCGGACGGGCGCCUGCCCCUCCUCCUGGAUCCCAGCCUCCCAACCAAGGAGAGGAAGUAGCCAAGAGGGCAGAAGUGGUAGCUGAAAGCAUGGGACCGAAACCUGCAACUAGAGAUGUGACCCUACCCAGACCACUAGGAGCUCAUUCCAGUCGGGGAUGGGAAUUGGAGGGCUGUGCUGGAAGUGAGGCAGCAGGCUGCCUUCUCGAUGAUAGCCUGACCAAUAUUCAGUGGUUGGGAAAAAUGAGUUCUGAUGGACUGGGUUCCUGCAGCAUCAAACAAGAGAUAGAAGAGAAGGAAAAUCGACAUCUGGAGCAAAGUCAAGUCAAGGUGGAAGAACCCCCAGCUGCAUCAACCUCCUGGCAGGAUUCUGUAUCAGAAAGACCACCUUAUUCCUACAUGGCCAUGAUCCAGUUUGCCAUCAACAGCACUGAGCGGAAACGCAUGACCUUGAAAGACAUCUAUACCUGGAUUGAGGAUCACUUUCCCUACUUUAAACACAUCGCCAAACCGGGCUGGAAGAAUUCCAUCCGCCACAAUCUUUCUCUACAUGACAUGUUUGUUCGGGAGACAUCUGCCAAUGGCAAGGUCUCCUUUUGGACCAUCCACCCCGAUGCCAAUCGUUACUUGACACUGGACCAGGUGUUUAAGCCACUGGACCCAGGGUCUCCACCAUCGUCUGAGCACUUGGAAUCACAACAGAAGCGGCCCAUCCCUGACCUCCGCAGAAACCUGGGUAUCAAAGCCGAGCUCCCCUUGAGUGCACGACGGAAGAUGAAGCCGCUACUCCCAAGGGUCAACUCAUAUCUAGUACCAAUCCAGUUCCCAGUGAACCAAUCCCUGGUGCUGCAGCCUUCGGUGAAGGUGCCAUUACCCCUGGCUGCCUCUCUCAUGAGUUCAGAGCUUGUCCGUCAUAGCAAGCGGGUACGCAUUGCCCCCAAGGUGCUGCUAGCUGAUGAGGGACUCUCUCCCUUUUCCGCUUCUGGAUCACUGAAAGAGGAAAGAACCCUACCUGGGGAAGGGCUGUCUCCUUUGUUUCAAGCUCAGUCUGUCAAAGAAGAAGAUCUCCAGCCCAUGGAAGAACUAUCCCAGUUCACAAGACCCAUCAAAGUGGAGAGCCCCCCUCUAGAAGAGUGGCCUUCACCCUUUCCGGUGGUAAAGGAGGAAGUACCACACCCUUGGCAGGACCCUUCCCUUCUCUCUGCCUCCAGAUCUAAGAAGACCUUCACGGGGCUCAAGUCCCCACCACGGGGUGUCUCUGACAUGCUUGUGAUUAAGCGGAGGGAAAGGAGGGAGAUGAGCCGAUCGAGGAGGAAACAGCACCUUAUCCCACCUUGUUUGGAAGAGCCAGAACUCUUGUUCCCAGAGAUUCCCGGACCUUCCAGACAAAACACAGAUCUUCCCUUCCUCCCAGAGGCGUCAGAGCCCACUUCCCAACUCAGCCAUUCUCAGGAUGAAGGAGGUCCCUUUAAAACACCAGUCAAGGAGAUGUUAUGCAAGCUACCCAUUUCGUCCACCCCCAGCAAAGCUGUUCUCCCCAUGACCCCAGAUCCGUGGAGGCUGACACCCCCAAACAAGGAGGCAGGGCUCGACUUCAGCCCAGUGCGCACUCCCCAGGGAUCUUUCACUCUGCUGCCAGAUUCCAUGGGUCUGCUGGAUCUCAGCACUACCCCACUGAAAAAUGUUCCUCUCUUUGAGUCACCCCAUGAGCUCCUUAAUCCAGAGUCACUUGACCUGGUCUCUGACCCUUUCAACAGCUCUCCUGCCUCAGAUUCUGAAGUCCCCAAGACGGGCUCCCCUGAGAUGCACAUCUCCAGCCUUUCUGCCAACCGUUCACUGACGGAAGGCCUGGUUCUGGACACAAUGAAUGAUAGCCUCAGCAAGAUCCUGUUGGACAUAAGUUUUCCUGGCUUAGAGGAGGAUCCCCUGGGCCCUGACAAUAUUAGUUGGUCUCAGUUUAUCCCUGAAUUACGGUAGAGCCCAGCAUUCCCCACUAGUUCAGGUUUGACAAAUAGCUGGGUGGUCUAACGGUUGGACCACUUCCCAUACUCUGUGUGAUGGCAGCAGGACUGCCAACAGCUGAUGAACCUGUCUGCUUCUCCCAGUUAGGGCAAGGUAGCCAGUCAUGUUCUAGCUGUCUCCUGAUCCAGCUGGCCUCCUGAUGGCUGUCCAUUGCCUGUCCCGGAGCUUCCCCCAAGGCACUCUGGCCCUCCUGCCCUCCUUACCAGGCACUUCUGGUGGAGGAGCUCCCAGCCCUGUUUGUGCCCAGAAGCUUCUUCCCUCCUCUCCCUUCUCUCCUCUCAGUGGUCCUUUGGGGCCAAGUGGUCAUUGUAAAUAGUGUAUAUUCUCCAAAUUAUCCUCUAAUUAUUAACAUAACUUUAUUUCCUUAGAUCAGUAUCGUGGGGGUUGCCAGUGGGUGGGUAGGGUGAUGAGGGGUUUUGUUUGUUUCCAUGGCUUGCUUUUGGUCUCCUCUGAGAGACAGGAGCUUUGUGUUCAUGACUCAUGGGUUUUUCUGGGUCAGGAAUGCACUUCUCAAGGUUUCUUAACCCACCGUACAUUCAGAAUAGGAGAUCUGUUUUCCCUACUCUGGAAUUCUGCAAUAACUUUCUGUUGAGGAUUGGACGAUUCUUAGUGGAACAAAGGGAAGCCACAACACUGCUGCAGAUUGUCAUUGUAAUGGGAUCAGUUCCCCAAAGCUGAAUGGGGGGAGGUAUGAGGCUACUAGAGGAUUCCUUCUGAGAUAACAGAUUUUGCCAAGCAGCCCUGAGAAGGGAGAAUUUGGCCAAAGGAUGGGUAGGAUUGGGGGGGGUAUGAUCAUAAGGUCACCCUUACUUAUACUGGAUCCCCUCCAUUUGCACUUCAGCACCCCCUAAGCCAAAGUUCUAUCAUUUAUAUUAGGUCAGAGCCUUAGGCGCACACAAUUAUAACUGCCUACUCAAUAAAGGCCAGGGUGGAGAA